AUGCCCGCCGGUGUUUCUUGGGGCCAGUACAUGAAGUUCUUGGGCAGCGCCAUGCUGGCCAUGAUGGCCGGAUCGCAGGCUGUGCACAUGUACUAUCGCCCGCUCGAAGAUCUGCCCGCCUACAUAGAGCGGGAGAAGCGUAGCCCAGAUGCGAGUCCCAGUGCCACGAAGCCACCAGAUUCUGUUGAUUAAAGUUAAAGUUAAGCUA